AUGAAUGCGGGUGGUUUUGGGCCCAAUCAGUUUAUGCCACCUCAGCAGCACCAGUUUGACAACUUUUACCCGCCUCAACCAAUGGAUAAAGUACAGCCUCGUCAGCAGGGCCCACCACCUAGCUUUGGCAGGGAUCCAUCCAUGGGACCACCUCACAGUCACACUUCAACUCCUCAACCACAGGCACAACAACAAUCCAUAGUCACAAAGGUGUCGCAUAACAUGCAGAUCCCACUUUCAUAUGCUGAUGCUGUAAUUGGUACAUCUGGCACAAAUAUUAGUUAUAUCAGACGAGCAAGUGGUGCAACAAUUGCAAUUCAAGAAACACGUGGAGUUCCUGAUGAAAUGACUGUUGAGAUUAACGGAUCUGCUUCACAGGUUCAGACAGCUCAGCAAUUGAUUCAGAAUUUUGUGGCGGAAGCUGCAACUGCUGCUCAGAAUUCUGCAAGUGCUCCACCACCUGCCCAAGCAUAUAAUCCGUACCCUGGUCAUGCUCCUCCUCCGGCUUACGCUUCUCAGCCACCCCCCACUGGCCAUGCACCUCCUGCUGCCGAGUAUGGUGGGCCCGUGUAUGGAGGGAAUUAUGGGUAUUGAAACGUCCUUCCUUGUGUGAGAUUGGUUUCUGUUAUGAAUGAAUGGGAACAUGUUGUAACAGGAUGGAUAUUCUUGUUUAGAAAUAGGUAGAUUGUUUUUUUCUUUGUUUGAUUUGUUAGUGCUGACAACAUGAAAUUUCGGGGUUCAUUUGGAAUGAU